ACGAAUUUUGCGAAAGUAGCAGGGGCAUCUGCGUCAUUGUCUGCCGACCGCAGGGGCAAAAUUGGCAUAGUAGUCAAACGAAUCGGGCGGGCUUACAAUUAUUGUCCGUUAUUUUUUGAAUUUCAAAUACCAGACAUGGGACAAAGCAGAGCAGAACAGAGCACGACCCCCAACCCACCUCCCCACGAAAACCACCACAUCCCCAACCUCCCUCCCUCUCUCUCUCUCUCUCUCCAUUGCUGUUUCUGUGAGAAUCAGGGUGCGUCUUGGUUGUUCUGGUGAAGAAAGAGCUCAUGGGUGCUUCUGGGAAGUGGGUGAAAUCUCUGAUUGGGCUCAAGAAGCCCGAGAAGGAAGACCAUGAGAAGGUGGGGAGCAAGGGCAAGAAAUGGAAGCUGUGGAGGAGCUCGUCGGGGGAUAUCGGGUCGUGGAAGGGUUUUAAAGGAAACCGAAGGGCUGCGUCGGAGGGAUCGGAUUCUUCUUCGGUGACAGAUGCUUUUACAGCUGCCGUAGCUACUGUGGUCAGAGCACAUCCUAAGGAUUUCAGGGCGGUGAGGCAAGAAUGGGCUGCCAUUCGGAUUCAAACGGCAUUUCGGGGCUUUCUGGCAAGAAGGGCUUUAAGGGCCUUAAAGGGAGUGGUGAGGCUUCAAGCUCUUGUCAGAGGACGGCAGGUCAGGAAACAGGCUGCUGUGACCCUGAGGUGCAUGCAGGCACUGGUUCGAGUUCAAGCUCGCGUUAGGGCUCGCCGUGUGCGAAUGUCCAUUGAAGGACAGGCUGUGCAGAAGUUGAUUGAUGAACAUCGGAGCCAGGCUGAGCUCUUAAAAGAAGCUGAGGAAGGGUGGUGUGAUAGCAGGGGAACACUGGAGGAAGUCAAGGCAAAGCUACAAAUGAGGCAAGAGGGGGCUUUCAAGAGAGAGAGAGCAAUUGCAUACUCUCUAGCUCAAAAGCAAUGGAGAUCCAACCAGAAUUCAAGCUGUCGAUCCAAUAUCUCAGUGUCUCCUCUCAAGAAUCAUGAGCUUGAUAAGAACAGCUGGGGAUGGAGUUGGUUAGAACGCUGGAUGGCAGCAAAGCCAUGGGAGAAUCGGCUAAUGGAACGAGUGCACACCGAUUCCUCAGAUAUCACUCCUCCCCCUCCGAAAAACUGCACAGAUUCUGCAACAGACAAUCGAUCGAAAUCUUUGGAAGCAGGCAGGGUGAAAGUCAGGAAGAACAAUGUCACCACCAGGAUUUCUGCAAGGCCUCCCCUGACUGCACAAGUUACGCGCUCAUCUUCAAGUCCAAGUUCUGAAUUCAUGUACGAUGAGAGCUCAGCUUCAUCUUCAAUGUGCACAUCAACAACCCCAGCUUCUGGAAACACGCUUUUGGCCUCGGAUAGAACAGAGGAUAGCAGCAAUAGUAGGCCAAACUACAUGAACCUGACAGAGUCUACAAAGGCAAAACAGAGAACUUCCAGUUACUUAUCACAGAGAGCUCAGAGGCAGUCCAUGGAUGAGUUCCAGUUUCUGAAGAAGGCAGCAGCAUUCUCAAAUGCUGACACCAAAAGCAGCUGUGGGUCUGAUCCUUCUCUUAAUUUCUCCAAGUCUCUUUGCUUGCCAAGUAGGUCAGACAAGAAUUCAAUGAGGAAGGAGAUGGAGAACUCCUUCUAUGAUUGAGCUUGAACUGAGUUUUGUUGUUGCAGAGUUCAACAAUUUGUUGUCUCCCAUCAUUUAUGAAGUAUUUGUUGUAAGUUCAUAGGCCAUUGAUCUGUGCUGUGAGAUCCAAAUGGGCUAAUGAGGUGUAAUGUGUAAGUUAAAAGGCCACUGUUCUUUCAUUUUGUAAAAUAGUUUGAGGUAAUCUUUGUCACAUUUAUUUCUA